CGCAGAGAGAAAACACACAGUCGCGCCGGGCAGCUAACUUUCGAAGCCGACAGCAGAUAGCGUUUAACGUCUUUUGUUUUCGAGUGUUUUAACGGCCACGACAAAAGAAGCACAAGAAUGGAUCCGCUGGUAGCUGCGAUCGAUCAGGGCACGAGCUCAACGAGGUUUCUGGUGUUCAAUGCAAAAACAGCAGAACUGUUGAGCCACCACCAAGUAGAGAUCAACCAGAGCUUCCCUAAGGAGGGCUGGGUUGAGGAGGACCCCAAGGAGAUCAUGCAGUCAGUGUACGAGUGCAUGGAGAGGACUUGUGAGAAACUCUGCCAGCUCAACAUCGACAUCUCCAACAUAAAAGCGGUGGGUGUGACCAAUCAGAGAGAGACGACCCUGGUCUGGGACAAAGAGACCGGAGAGCCACUCUACAAUGCCAUCGUUUGGCUGGAUCUGCGCACACAGUCCACAGUGGAGAGGCUCAUUAACAAAACUCCGGGCAAUAACAAGAACCACCUCAAGCACAAGACAGGCCUCCCCAUCAGCACCUACUUCAGUGCAGUGAAGCUACGCUGGCUGCUGGACAACGUGGACGAAGUGCGAGAGGCGGUGCUGAGUGAGCGCGCCAUGUUUGGCACGGUGGACUCCUGGAUCAUCUGGUGCCUGACGGGGGGUAGGAACGGAGGGGUCCACUGUACAGACGUCUCAAACGCCAGCCGCACCAUGCUCUUCAACAUUCACACCAUGGACUGGGAUCCUGAGCUCUGCAGAUACUUUGACGUCCCGAUGGAAAUCCUCCCGAAAGUCAGAAGCUCUUCUGAAAUAUACGGCUGGAUGAAAUCCAGCUGUCUUGCAGGAGUGCCAAUCUCUGGGUGUCUUGGCGACCAGUCGGCCGCCCUGGUUGGUCAGAUGUGCUUCAAGGAAGGCCAGGCCAAAAACACGUAUGGGACCGGAUGCUUCCUGCUCAGAAAUACAGGGACCAAGCCUGUGAUGUCGGACCACGGCCUGCUGACCACAGUUGCCUACAAAAUGGGAAAAGAGGAGCCGGCCUGCUAUGCACUCGAGGGUUCGGUGGCCAUUGCAGGGGCAGUGGUACGGUGGCUGAAGGACAACAUGGGCAUUGUGCAGUCUUCCUCAGAGAUCGAGACACUCGCAGCUGCAGCAGGCUCGUCUUACGGCUGUUACUUUGUGCCGGCUUUCUCCGGACUCUAUGCCCCCUACUGGGAGCCCAGUGCAAGAGGCAUCAUCUGUGGCCUCACUCAGUUCACCAACAGGAACCACUUGGCUUUCGCUGCCCUUGAGGCCGUCUGCUUUCAGACCAGAGAGAUCCUUGAUGCCAUGAACCAGGACAGCGGCAUCCCUCUGACGCAGCUGCAGGUGGAUGGAGGAAUGACGUCCAACAGAUUACUGAUGCAGCUGCAGGCCGACAUCCUCUGCAUGUCCGUAGUGCGGCCCACCAUGUCCGAGACCACGGCUCUGGGUGCAGCCAUGGCAGCGGGGGCGGCAGAGGGGGUGGAGGUGUGGAGUCUGAACCCCGGUCACCUCCCGCAAGUCACAUCAGAGAAAUAUGAACCUCAGAUCAACUCCGACGAGAGUGAGUUCCGCUUCGCUCGCUGGAAGAAAGCCGUCCAGAGAGCCAUGAACUGGGAGACCACGGAGCCCUGCUGCACUGCUAACGGUUUAGGAAAGAAGAUGAACGGCGCCCCCUGGGGGGUCCCUCCCACCCCUCCCCCUUCCAGAGUGGACCCCUAAGGCCACCAGCAGUAAUUGUGGCACAAGACCUUCGCGGCGACAUGGAAGCCGAGCAUGGAGCCAGACCGCGUGGCUGCAUGACGUGAUGUGCAGUCACUUUCGUGUGACGCGUAGCCUGCUAGCAGGAGUAUCUCAUGACUGCAACAUGACUGGAAAGUUUAUCAUCAACCUUAAGUGCCACCUGGAGUGAAGAGUGACACAACCUGUGGAGCAAGUAUGGAACCAUUUCUGAUGGAACUUUGUUCGUCUUCCUUCACUGGAAAAGCGAAGCAUCCUUAAAAAGUUAUGAAUUUGCCUACUUCAACUCGUGCAAUAAAUCAUGGGGGGAAAAAAAUCAGGGGCUCCCAGUUUGAAGUAGAGUUGUAUCAUUGUACCUCAUCACUGUAACUAAACGGAUACUGUACUGUUUUGUUUUUUUGGGAUGUGUGACAUCCGAACAGAACUCUGGACAGAUGUUGCACAUGUUGACAGAUCUUGACAGUGGUUGCUGCUCAGCUUGUGUCCUGUUAAAAUGGGGUUUGUUUCCUGUCAUUCUGAACUCAUGUCAAAGAGACACGUUGCAGGCUGUCAACAGCACUUUAUAAUUUAUCCUCCCGAGCAGGGACAGGACGAUUGUGGGAGCCGUGCAGGGUUUUUUUUAAGGGGGGGUGUUUUUAAGAAGCGAUUUUUAUUUUUUUAAGCUCGUAAUUACUAGAGGAAACUCCUCAACGCAGCUGUAACGUUGAUUCUAUUCAUAAACAAUUUUAUAUUUCAGUCAUAUGUAAGCGUGACCUUUUGACAUCCGAGCCAUCGUACACGUCCACUGAUGAAGAUCUGGAAGCUCACUUCAAUUCAGAAUGAAGAUAACUGCAGAUUAACUUAUAUUUAGUAAAAGUUGAACAUUUUUAUUCAGAUUUUUAGUCUUUUAAAGGGAACAUUUGCUUACUGUAUUAAUUUCUGGUGUCUGAUAACUGAUGUGACUUCAUCUUUGUAGUGUGUAUCUAAUUAUCCCAGAUCCUAUCUGCAUGUCAGCCAGUGGGGUUUUUUUUCUGUAAUUGGUUUGACAAGAUGUAUAGCAAGAGUCCUUCAGCUCUGCAGGAAUGUACUGAUGCUGUAACACGUGACAAAAACCUGACUUGUAUAAUAAAAUGAGUACAUCAGCUCA